AUGAUCGAAGGAGCGCCCGCUGACGACGUUGAUGUCGGUGUGGUUGACGCCCGCGAUGUAGCUGGCACAAGGGUGACCGAUGGUGUCGUAUUGGAGGUCGACGCGCCGGAGCUUCUUGUGGACGAAGCGGCAGAGACGCCGCUCGCAACCGAAGACGUUCCCGAGGCCGCCGAAGCAGCGGACGAGCUCAGCGCCGCAGUCCGGCUGGAAGCAGAUGCAGAACUGGCAGGUAGGGCUGCCGACGAAGCAGUGCCGGCUACGACGGCUGAUGAGGCCACGGCGGCGGACGAGGCGAGAGCGCUAGCCGAGCUGGCAAUGACUGGAGUAACAGAGCUGGCAGAUCGCGAUGUCGAGCCUGCGGCCGUGCUGGAUGCGACAGCCGACGAGCUUUGCGCUCCGCUCGGGGUAGUCUGCGCGCCGAGCGCCACCUGGGUAGGCGAAGACAGCUCGCUGACAAAGCUCGCUGCGCUAGCAGGCAAGGAGGCAGUCGCCGUGUACGAGAUGCUGCUGAAGACGUAG